AUGUUAAAGCAGUUUCGACGAUUGUUAAGGCCCACUCGCAUAAGCCGUCACGAUCUUGCAACAACGACAAGCCGAGCCCUUCACGUCCCUGCCUUGGCGGAAACGAAGCAACGGUUUGGACACGAGCUGAAUCCACAAAUCUACACUACUGGGCGUUGGUUGAAUAAUGACCUUCUUCAUCGCGACGCACGCCGAGUGGAUUUUGAUUUCGCUGCGCUUUGUGCAAGAGCUGUAAAGGUGUGCACCGGCGCAACGAAAGUGGUUCGUUACGAGAAAAAAAGAAGGAGGAGUGCCCUAUCGCAUCGCCGGUCCACGACGAUUGAUCACGAACUCCGAAGUGGCUACUUUGGCUUACAGUAUGACGGAAGAUCUCCACCAACACCGAAUCCUCAGCUCACACUGAUAGUACGCUCCUUCACAGAGAUCCCUGUCCACAAAGUUCUUGAUUGGAGCGACGAUGAUUCUUCCAUCGGCACGGAGUACAUCAUUAUGGAGCAUGCUGCCGGAAUCCAGUUACAUGAGAAGUGGCCCUCCAUGUCCCCUCACCAACAUAUGUUGUGCGUAAAGAACGUGAGUUUCUUGAUGGCUGAGAUGGCAAAGCUUCCAUUUCCGGUGUACGGAAGUCUAUACUUUGCCGACGCACCCAUCAAGCAGAGCCUGAAGUCAGUGUUUGUUGAAGGUUUUUGUAUUGGGCCACAUUGCGGCCCACAGUAUUGGGAUUGUAAUGCUGGAGAGACCAGAUUUUAUCAAAGGAAGCCUCCCAACAGAGGGCCUUGGCCUGAUCUCGAACCAUACUGCUCGGGUCUGAUCGACGCCGGCGUUUCACGUGUUCCAAAUGAUCAUGAUUCACAAGCAGACAUUCUCCCAUAUCGCGGUUCUAUCAAAGAGCAUCUCCGUCUGUUGGAAAGCAGCAGCAGAGUUAUUCAGGAGUUAGCACAAAGUUCACUUAUCAAAAAUGUGGCGAUUCCAACUUUGCUUCACCCUGACAUUCACACACGAAACGUUUUCGUGUCUGAGGAAGACCCUUCCCAGGUGACCGCAAUCAUCGACUGGCAAUCUACAAGCAUUGAGCCAGCAUUCGUCUACGCCAACCAUACGCCUGAUUUUGUUGAGGAUCCUGCUGCCGAUAUCCGAAUUUUGGAAAAGCUGAUGCAGGCUGAAGCACCACAUAUAGAGGCCAUGGAUGAAACACUGCUCCGCCUGUUCCGAUACUGCGACACCUCCUGGAGAGAUGGCGCAGCGGCUUUACGACAGGAGCUCAUCGACAUCUCACAAGGAUGGAUAGAACUUGGCCUCCCCGGCUCUUGUCCAUACCAACCAACACCCGAAGAGCUUCGCGAGCACGAGGAGCAGCUUGAGGAUUUCGAAACCGCGCAGCAGUUAAAGCUGUUCCUUAAGCGCGCGCUGGAUGCCGAGUCAGAUGGGUGGGUCCCUGCUGACCAGUGGGCUGCAAAGAUAGCAGAGAAUAGAAAGUUAUUCGGCGAGUUUUUGGAGAGUGUGAAGGAUGCUGGGGGCAGUGAAGAACGUGCGAGAGCUCUCUGGCCAUUUGGCGAGUCGAGCAAUUCGCAAUAG